AUGGAGCCGGCGGCGGAGGCUUUGUUGGAGCGCUACCGCCGCGAUCGGCGGAAGCUAUUGGAGUUCCUACUAUCUUCCGGACUUAUCAAAGAGCUCCGAACUCCUUCUGGUUCUACGAAUUCCCUCUCCGGCGUCGAUUUGGACUCUCUCAGCGCCGAUUACGUCCUCCAAUGCCUCCAGUCAGGCGGUGUUAUUGAUGUUGCUGAAGCCUCUAAGAAGUACACAGAGGAAUCUGCUUAUCCUGUCAUGAUUGAUUCAAGAAGGGGAAGCUCAUUUUACCUAGUUGCUGAUCCAGAUUUAGCUGGAUCUCCUCCUACGCGAACACCUCCUCCGAAAAGUUUCAGACAGACUCCUGAUGUCUCACGCGCAUCUUGUCGCUCGAGUGCCUCACAUACUGACGCGACAACUUCUGGAAAUGAAUGUAGUUCUACAUUUAAAAUCGCAGAACCUGAUGCUCCUGUUAGUCCUUCAAGAGUUCUGGACAUUCCUCAACUUGGAUUACCUAGUUUGAGAACAGGAUUAUCUGACGAUGACUUGAGGGAAGCAGCCUAUGAGUUACUGCUUGCAUCCAUGUUUCUUUCUGGGAUUGAAACACAUCCAGUUGAUGAUAGAAAAAGAGAGAAGAGUUCCAAGUUUUUGUCUGGACUAAAGAACAAGAGGGACAAGAUGCAGACACAAUCUCAAUCUUUCUCGAGGCAUGCAACGGUCAUGGAUAUUGCCCGCACUCAAAUGCAGAUUUCAGAAACCAUGGAUGCAUGUGUCAGGCGAAACUUGCGGCAGUUGUCAGUGAGAAUGGCACGGAGAGAAAUGGAUCUUCCUCACAUAGUGCUGGGCCUUUUGAAUGGAAUAUUCAAGUCUGAUUUCACUCAUGAAAAAUCUUAUCGGCAGUGGAAAAAUAGGCAGGCAAAUAUACUCGAGGAGCUUCUGUGUACGUCCAAAGAUCCAACUAUCAAAAGUCACAUUGCGAAGAUUAAAGACACUGAGGAGUGGGACAUUGUGAUGUCUCCUUCUGAACGUGUAGCAGUUCUAGCGUCUCUUAGACAGGUGGCUCUUAGAUUAUCUUCUUCGGCUGUUCAAUUUGGCGUGCAAGGUGAAACCUUUUAUUGGACUGCUGGUUAUCACUUGAACAUCCGGAUUUAUCAGAAAUUGUUGCUUGGAUUGUUUGAUGUUCUUGAGGAAGGUCAGCUCAUAGAGGAAGUUGACGAAUUGCUGCCGUUUAUAAAAUCGACAUGGUCUACUUUAGGCAUCACUCAAAGAAUACACAAUGCUCUCUACUGUUGGACCUUGUUUCAGCAGUUUGUUAGUACGGGGAACGCCUUGCUGCUAGAGAACGUGGUUGUUGAGUUGCAGAAAGUUAUAUCUGCCGAAGGGGAAAAUGAGUUGGAACUACAAUAUAUUAAUAGCCUAGCAUGUUCAAGAAGACACAACGGGAGCAAAAUGAAGCUGAAUCUGGUGUUAGAUGUUGUUUUCUCAAUUAGCAUUUGCUGUGACAGCAAACUGAAAGAUUAUCAUCUGAAUUUCAGCCAGCAACCAUCUAGCUUCAGAUUCAUGGUGAACUUGUUGUCAAUGGUUGGAGUUCCAACUUGUAAAGAUAGUGGUGAACUUAAGUUAAUAAAACUGAGUGCUUCGAAUGAUUAUGCUGCUAGAAAAUUGAAGUCUUACGUCAAAGGCUCAACUGAAGCUGCAUGCAGGCGGGUAGCAAGUAAGAUAUAUGUUGAAUCUAAAUCAGAGAAGAGACAUCCUUUAGCUCUCCUAGCUGAUGGACUGAAGUCAAUUGCUGAGAAAGAGUCCAAAGUCUUUUCUCCAGUUCUCAGUCAAUGGUGUCCUGAAGCCCUGAUGAUCUCAGUAUCGUCGUUGCACCAAUUAUUUGGAGAACAACUGAAACCUUUCCUGGUGGGAGUUUCAUCUAUUUCUGAAAACAUUAGAUCAGUGCUUGCUGCUGCCAACCAACUAGAUUAUUACCUAACUCAGCUGUAUAAAUCUGCGUCCAAAGCAAAUACUUCGAUUCGAUUCUCGAUCCAAGAUUUGGAGCAUUAUCAGAUUGCAGAAGUUUCUAAACCCUUCAUUAUUGACUGGGUGAUCUCUCAGCAUGAUCACAUUUUGGAAUGGACUGGUCGUGCUUUUGAUCUUGAGGACUGGGAACCUUUGUCCUUGCAGAAGAGGCAAGCGGCAUCGAUAGUUGAAGUCUUUAGAAUAAUAGAGGAGGCUGUGGAUCAAUUCUUUGGGUUCAAUCUCCCUCUUGAUAUUACACAUCUGCAGGCACUGCUGUCUAUAAUUUUUCACAGCCUGGAUUCCUAUCUGCAGAAACUGCUGAGUCAGUUAGUUCCGAAGAAUCAUCUAUAUCCCCCCAUUCCUCCGUUAACUCGCUAUGCAGAAUCUGUUAUGCCAGUGAUCAAGAAAAAAUUGUCAGAGUGUACUCUUGUGGAUGACAACUUGGGCUGCAACUUGAAUGGAUUGACAACUCCAAAGCUCUGUGUGAGGUUAAACACACUCCAAUAUAUUCAGAAGCAAACCGGAGUACUGGAAGACGGAAUUAGAAAGUCUUGGGCAGCUGUGAGCCCAUCUAAAAGCAAUGACGAAGAAGAACCGCUGGAAGAGAAUGGUUCAAAUGAAGCGCUGGACGCACUAUUUAGCACCACCCUAAAAAUCAUCUGUGACACUGCAACUGAUGGCAUCAAAAAAAUUUGUGAAUUUUCUGGUGCCAGAGUAAUCUUUUGGGAUCUCAGAGAGAGAUUCUUGUUUGGUUUAUACCAUGGUGAUGUUGGAUCUUCUCGCUUGGAAAGUUUCCUUCCUCAAAUAGAUAAUGUUCUUGAUGAGAUAUGCCGAUUGAUUGAUGAUAAACUCAGAGACUCGGUGGUGUUAAGCGUUUGCCGAGCAUCGUUGGAGGGAUAUGUUUGGGUGUUGCUUAAUGGAGGCCCCUCUCGUGCAUUCUCUGAUUCAGAUGUCGUUAUGAUGGAAGAAGACUUCAAUAUCUUGAAGGAAUUCUUUAUAGCCAGUGGAGAUGGCCUCCCUCGUUCGGUGGUGGAGCGAGAAGCAAAAUACGCAGAACAGAUAGUCAACUUGUUCUCCCUUCAGACAGAGGACGUGAUACAAAUGUUGAUGAAUGCUAGUGAACACAUCUCGCUAAGGUCAGAUGUACAUUAUAAACAACCGAAUCAUAAUCACACGUCUUUGGAUGCUCAAACUCUGGUUCGAGUCUUGUGCCACAAGAAAGACAGGGAGGCCUCUAAGUUUUUGAAGAGGCAAUAUGAACUUCCCAUGUCUUCAGAUUAUGAUGAAGCAUCAUCAUCAGCACAGGAGCCAGCUACCAAGUCACCUCUUAUAACGGAUAUCCUGAAGAGGAGUGCAUCAUUGCGCAGUGCCUCAAUGCGUUGGGGCGAGAAGGCCUCGCUUGGCUGGGGAGAUAAAGGCUCGAGCAGCUUCAGAUCACUGAAGCAAAGGUUUCAUGAUGCAACGAGUGAAAUUAGUUACAUGAGACGGUAA